UGGGGCAUGCGUAGUGAGAGGGUGGGUUCGAUCAAGACCGGAGAGGGACAGCAGUAGAGCGGUUUGGGCCGGUCAAAAUGGCAGAUAUGUCUACUGAGGAUAUACAGAUCCGAGCAAACCAGGUGACAGAUGAGUCCCUGGAGAGUACCCGGAGGAUGCUGCAACUGGCAGAGGAGAGUAGGGAUGCUGGUGGCAAGACUAUGAUCAUGCUGGAUGAGCAGGGAGAACAACUGAGGCGCAUUGACGAAGGGCUGGACCAGAUCAACCAGGAUAUGAAGGAGGCGGAGAAAAACCUAACUGACCUCACCAAAUGCUGUGGCCUGUGUGUGUGUCCUUGCAGUAGGGUGAAGAACUUCGAGAUGGGGGAUGCUUACAAGAAAGCCUGGGGUAGCGAUGCUGAUGGGAACACAGGCAAAGUUGUCUCCAAUCAGCCAGGCAACACGCAGAAUCACCAUGAGAUGGCCAGGAGGGGCGGUGAAGGAGAAGGCUACAUUGCCAGGAUAACCAAUGACUCUCGAGAAGAUGAAAUGGAAGAAAAUCUGCAGCAAGUGGGCAGUAUCAUUGGAAAUCUGAAAAACAUGGCAAUUGACAUGGGCAACGAAAUAGAUGCCCAGAACAAAAAGAUUGACUCCAUUUCUGGAAAGGCUGAUGCUAACAAAGCUCGGAUUGAUGAAGCCAACCAGAGAGCAAACAAACUCAUCCAGAAGUAACACGGAGUUGAACUCCAGACUUAACCUCGAAUGUACAGCUUCACCUACAGUCUGUAUCCCUUUCUAUGGGAGUCACUGCCUUCCUAUGCCUUUCUGCAUCUUGAUUUCUCCAAACAAGUUAAAUGUUUUGAAUUAGUGUAAGAUUGGUGCCAAGUGACUCCUGGAGUUUUUCAUCAGUGUACAGUCUCCAAAGCUGAACUCUGGAGUCGGUCAGCUGACUGAUUUCCACCCCAGUGGCCUCAAGUUUAAGUGGCUUUUGGCAGCAGUUUAAUCAUUGUACGUUUCGAGCAUCUGCUUGCGUUUUUCUUUGGGUCUAUCAAUGGAAUAACUGUAAAGGUUAAAACUGGGAACUGUGGGCAGUUCAAAUAAGCAAUAUCUGGGAAACUGAUCUCUCUCUUCUUGAAUUCCACUUUAUACUUUCAUUCAUGCAUUCCCCCUCGACUUCAAUACCACCAGGUUAUCUUAAAUUGGUGUUUGAUCUUUCAGAGAAAAACUGCAUUGGCCAAAGUAAGACUAGAGAGGAGCAUGCUCUGAAGGGAGGAGAAUGAUUGUAUAUGAUCUAGAACGGUGCUGUUCCUACAGUGCAAAGUUUAUUUUUAAUUUUGCCCCAGAAUGUUUUCUGGAUGGAAGUAGUAUUAAGAUAUGAUGUGUGCUGGAUCUCUGACUGUGAGAGAAUUAUGAUUUUUGGUGGGGAGUCAAAUCUGAUUUGAACAACUACUCCUGCUUGAUAGUGACUGUAGAAAUGCUGUUUUCUAUCAAACCACCAGGCCCUGGACCUUCCCAUCAAACCCUAAACUCUCCUCAUGGCUUUGGUCUUCCUAUUCACCAUGAUCAUAGGUUUUCCUGUCAAUACUCAAAAUGCGCAGACCCCACUGACUGCCUGUUAAUCUCUCUUCUCCCCCAACCCAUUCUGGGCCUUGCUGUUGACUGCAAACUGCAGGUUAUUUGGCUUUCCUAUCAGUUUCAGCCAUCUCACCCAGUACCCGUAGCACUGCAGCUGCUGGAUUCGAGUUACUGAUCUACAACCAACCUGUCUUUAAGCCUCAGUUGGGGGUCUGGACAGGGUACUGAUCCGAUGAUCAAUUCGUAAGUGAAAUCAGUGACCACGAAGGUACCAAAAGGCACUGAAUUCAAAGUGGAAAAUAAUGUGAAAUAAUCUGUCCAUGAGGUAGAUGUUUGUAUUUGUUCAUGUUGCUUGGGCAAAGCUGGCUGUCUCUUUGGGCAAGGGUCACUACACAAAGCCUUUUUUUAAAAAUGGAGAAUGCCCCUCAGCUUCAUGUCAUUACUUACUAUCAACUACUUGUACAGAAAAGAAAAUAAGCAGUGGUCAGACUGCACAGACUAAUUUCUAGUGCUUUGGGGCUUGCUGUAACAUAUUGCGCACUUAAUUUCUCUAACAUUGUAACUAAUAAUGUUUUAUAGAAAUAAUGAUUACUAACUCGAACAUAACUGUGCCUGAAAACAUCUCAUUUCUUUUUCUAAAUAAAUCCUUAAGUCAUUGAUUGAAAUGAAACUGGUGUUAUAUUGGAUUAAGGACUGCUGAACCAAUUGAUUAGAGCAUUGAUUUUAAAAAUGUUAUUUAUGUAGUGAAAGAUGAAGCUUCAUUCAACGAUUUCUAGGUUUUCUUAAGUAUACGUAACUUUGAACUGAAUAUUACUUUAGGCCAAAGAGCUCAUUUCUAGCAGGGAGAGUAUGGUUGGUGUUACCUUUGUAAUUUCUUUGCUCUUUGAAUUAUCUUUGAGAUGCAGCUAAAUUUCAAGCUCCUGUUUACCCCUCUCACUACCCUUUAAAAUGUAACUAGGGGUUCUUAAUUUUCCCCAUGCUUUAGUUUGUCUUUUAGAUAGUCAAGCAGGGCAGAGGAAGUUUUACUCUCACUCUGCCCCUAACCUGAGCUCCCUUCAAAUCUAAUGUAAAAAACAAGAAAAUACUUGCACAUAAAAUACUUUAUUUUUUUUUAAAUAUACAAAGUGCUGUUUGAAAUGAAGGGUUGGAUUGCAGUCUAAAUUCCACGAUUAGCUGGCUGCACUGUCACCUUGAAUUAAAUGCUAAGUCUAUGCAGCAGAAGUGCCGGGUCUGAUCCCAAGCAGCAGCCUCUAUAUGCCAGCAAGUCACCAUUUCAUAGCAGAGGGUGAGCUUGAGGUAACUGAAGCCAUCCCCAUGCACAAACCUAAUUUCAGCACCUCUCCCAAAUUCAGAAGUUAUGUACAAAGUGCGACUGUAGUGGAUAAAUCAGGACUGUCCAGGGCUGCAUGUCCAUGUUUACAGCAGCUUGAAGAUAGUACAAUGCAUUAUACACAGAUUAAAGACAGUAUCGGUUUUACUAACACCAAUAACUGGAAUGUAGGCAAGGCUGAGGACCACGGCAUCAUAUCAUUUACUGCCCUUUCCAUUGUCUCCUUCAAUGAAUUGGAGUUACCUCCCCAGUAUGGUCUAUUGCAGGUUACUACUACCACCAUCUAUGGCUGAGGGAGGAAGCUCAGACCUUCAAGAGAAUUUCUUCUUUGUUGCUGUGAAGCGAUCCAUGUACUGAGGGAAGAAAAACAUGACAAUGUAGUCCACUCACAUUUUUAUCGGUUUCGGUAGCUUAACCCACAGCUGCACUCUGUCAUGUCUACCAUCACACAAUUCUCUAACCCUGCCCCAAAACACACGCAGAACUGAGCGUCUACACCCCCCACCACACCACCCCCCAAAUCAUCAGUCUUCACUCUGUGGAGUCAAGUUUGCAUCAACGUUGCAUGAUUUAGUCACCCAGAUGCUGGCAGAUGGAACUAGAUUAGGUUGGGAUAGCUGGUUGGUAUGGACGAUUUGGACCAAGGGAUCUGUUGCCGUGCUGUACAUCUCUGACAUCAAGAAAUUCAAAUGAACAGACUAUUAGGAAUGUCAAUUACUACACCAUCCCCUUUCAAUCCUCCUCUUACCAUUUAGCUCACAUUCCUUUUCAGAUUUAGAUUGAUGUGAAAGGCUUUGGGGAAUGAAUAGAAUUAUACCAGUUACUAAGGAAAGGGCUUUCAGCGGGAUGGGAGUAUGGGCAGAUUCCAGAAGUGGUAUUAGAUUGGAUAGUUCAUGUGAAAAAAAAAGACUGGAUGAGCCUGUUUCUGUCCUGGGUAUUUUCUGAAUUAAAUAGUGCCAAAAGAUAUAGCAUGGGUAAAAACAGUUUCAACUGUAGUGCUAAAAUCUGAUUUCCACAACCUAUUGCAGAAAUGUCUGGGUUUCCGUUAAGAUCCUUUAUCAAAGUAGCACAUUAAACCAGGCAUAAUGUUGUUGCCCUUAAUAUACUUCGACCAACCUUAUCAUAGCCCUCCAGAUCUCGCAAGUUCUUAAUUUCAAAAAGAUUCCCUUCCACGGCCAGCAAGGCAAUCUGGGAGUCAGCCAGGAUACUGACAGGAAUCAUGGAGAUUUCUAAACAGUUCUCUUCAAUCCGUAAAACUUUCAGCCGGGGACAUCGGGCGAUGUGUGAUGAAAUCUGAGAGAUCUACAAAUGUGAAAUGGUUACUUAAAUUUAAAACCAAAUCAUUGUGAAGCUUGCAGUUUUUAGAAGACAAAUUCAAGAGCACUGGUGCUCUUCAGCAAUAUAUUCUACCUACCCUUCAAAAUGAGAUUCUGAAUCUGCAUAUGCACAUAAAUAGAUAGCAAAUUUGUCAAAAAAUUGUAC